AUGUCUUACUGGCAAAACACUACGCCCUUUAACGGGGGAGCUGGCGGCUAUUACCAGCAACAGCCUCCUCAGCCGCAAUACCAGCAACCAUACCAACAACCUCCAUAUCAGCAACCUCCAUACCAGCAGCCGCCCUACCAGCAACCACCUUACCAGCAACCGCCAUAUCCUCAAAAUCUCACACCACAGCCCCAGUACCCAUAUCCUUACAACCAACCACCACCUCCAUCUCCACGUCCUCCGUCCCAGCAACCACCCUACUAUCCCCAAGAGCCGCCGCGGGCACCACCAUCACCUUACCCCGCGAGCAACGGAAACAGCGGGAACAACCGUCCCACCCCUCCACCACCACCGCAGAGCAGCCAGAGCUUUGGUCAUGGCGCACCAUCCUCCUACCGAUUUAAAUACUCGAACUGCUCUGGCCGACGGAGAGCUCUUCUCGUCGGUAUAAACUACUUUGGCCAGGGCAGACCUUUGAAAGGCUGUAUCAAUGAUGUUGCGCGCAUGUCUACAUUUUUGAACCAGCGCUAUGGCUACCGACGCGAGGACAUGGUGAUUCUUACAGAUGAUCAAGCAAAUCCAAUGAGCCAUCCAACGAAAGCAAAUAUGAUCCGUGCCAUGCAGUGGUUGGUUUCGGGCGCACAGCCAAAUGAUUCGCUGUUUUUCCACUUUUCAGGUACCCCAUCAAUCAUUGCCCAGUUCCUGUCCCGGCUGUAUCCGGCUAUGAUCCCUGGAUUUGAUGAAGUGAUUUACCCGGUCGACUUCCAAACUGCUGGCCACAUAGUUGACGAUGACAUGCACGCUAUCAUGGUCCGUCCGCUGCAACCUGGAGUCCGACUUACUGCCAUCUUCGACUCUUGCCACUCGGGCACUGCCCUGGAUCUCCCUUUCCAAUACUCUACACAAGGUGUCCUGAAAGAGCCGAAUCUCGCUAAAGAAACAGCCUUGGAUCUCUUGAGUGCCUUCAAAAGCUACGAGAGCGGCGACAUCCGUGGCGUCGCCAACACCACCAUCGGCUUAUUCAAGAAACUUACCAUUGGCGACUCGGCUCGUCAGAAAACGCUUAGAACCAAGACCUCGCCUGCUGACGUGAUCAUGUUUUCUGGCUCAAAGGAUACGCAGACAUCUGCGGACACUGUUGAAGGCGGCUCUGCGCAGGGCGCAAUGAGCUGGGCAUUCCAAGAGGCGUUGAGCAAGAACCCGAAGCAAAGCUAUAUCCAGCUUCUAAACAGCAUAAGAGCUGAGCUGAGUGGGAAGUAUUCGCAGAAACCGCAGUUGAGCUGCAGCCAUCCACUGGGUAAGUUGCUGUCCGGCUUUGGUCUGAACCCUGGUUGA